UAGCUAAAGUGUAAGUGUCAUCAUGAUUCUGCAUCAGAUUCUACGACUUUCUUCCAUUUUUCGCUCUGCUGUUUCCAUUCACUUGCGCAGAAACAUAGGGCUUUCUGCUAUUGUCUUUAAUAAGACAAAGGAGCUUGACCCGGUUCAGAAGCUCUUCUUGGACAAGAUCAGAGAAUACAACACAAAGAGCAAGCAAUCUGGAGGGCCUAUUGAUGCAGGCCCUGAAUUUCAGAAAGACAUGAAUGAAUCCCUUGCUAGACUUCAACGGGCGUAUGGUGAAGGAGAUCUAACCAAGUUUCCAGAAUUUAAAUUUGAGGAGCCCAACUUUGAGGAGACUCCAAAGUGAUCUCUACAGGCUCUACACCAAACAGCGGUGUACGUCAAUGGAGUUGCUGAACAUGGCACCAGUUGUAAUUUAAUAAACGCAGUGUUUCAGUUUGAUUUCAGAA